AUGUUGGCAACAAAGAUUAGUUGGUGCUGCUCCACAUUCGCAUUUUCCAUGCGAUUGGGCAAAUCCCCAACUGUGAACCCGUACUUCGUAUUCCUCGAUCACUUCCGGAAUAAUCUUCAGAAGCGCGGCAUUUGUCAAUUGAAGCCCACGGUCAUAAAUAAAGUGGCUGGCAUUAAAUGGCGCAAAAUGACUCCGGCUCAGAAGUCAGUGUUCAUCGAAAUUGCCCAGAUAAAUCGGUCAAGAAUGAAUACCACCAUCCCGCGACUUGGUCUUCCUGUUGGUGGAGUUAAGCGGUGUCUUAUUAAAAAAGUUCCACGGGCCGUCAAGGAGACUUUUUAA